CAAUGUGUUCUAGAGCUCAAGCUGUUUACAGUUCUAGAAAGAGUUACUGGCAGUCUGUGAAGGAUGAUCGUGUUCCUGAGCUCUGCUUCAAGAGAAGCCACUUACAGCUCAGGUUACUCUAUAAGCAGCUGGAGCUGGUAGCAGCUCCUGUGUACACUGGCCGACCGGGACAUGGCCUGCAGCCAACCCAUUAUUUUCACACAGAUCCCUAAACAGCACGGGAAAGUACCGUCCUUCAGCGGCAGCUCAAACAGUGUGCUUGCAGUGAUGACAGAGCCUCUCCCCGGUGGUUUCUCCAGAGCCAUGUGAGGCAAUUGUAAGAUUCCGUGUUUUUGUUGAAUGUUCAGGAGUCACAGUACUCAGUACCAGGAAGGUGUGCUGGGGCCAAAUCAGGCACGAUGGAAUUUGCCGUGGGGAAACCCGGCACUGAUGACAGUGGAACCCGCCCGCGUGUGAAUUCCCGUGGCUCCUGCCACCCCUUUAUAAGCAGGUGGAGGUGAGGCAGGGCUGGCAGAACAGGCAGGCAGCAGCCGAGCACUCACUGGAGCACAGCUGUGUGUGUGGACUGGGAAUGGCUGGCUUUAGCAGCAAGAGCAUGGUCCUGGUCUCCCUGAUGGGGCUCCUGGUGCUGCUUCUGUGUGGCACCUCCGAAGCACACAACAAUCAUGAUUGCUGCCUGUCUUACACCAAAGUGCGUCUGCCUCGGUGGGCCCUGAAGGGUUACACUGAACAGCUCUCCAGUGAAGUCUGCGAUAUCCCUGCAAUCAUUUUCCACACCAACAGUGGGCUGAAGGCCUGUGUAAAUCCUAAUGAAGGCUGGGUGAAGAAGCAUCUUCUUUUCCUCAGCCAUAAGCUCAAGAAGAUGUCAGUCUGAUAUGGUUUCCAGCUAGGAAAUAAACACAGACGUGGCUGAAGAAUCACCAGGUUCAACCUCUUGGUUGAGAUUGUCUUGUACACUGUUGUGUGCUUGCUCACCUCCAACUCAGGCUUCUUUGGAACUGUGGAACUUCUCCAGUUGAUUCAUAUUGCAUCUCCGGUUUGCUUGAAUUAAGCAUUUUGUUACAGUUUCUAUUUUUACUAAUAUGUGAACUAAUAUGGCAUGAUAUUAUUUAGUAAAGGCUGCCUUAAGCUGUUGUACAGAGUAUUAAGUUUAUUGCAUGUUGUUUUUGUUUUGUUCCACAUGUGUAAAGUGGCUUAUUUAUUCUAUUUAUUUUAUUACUGUCUUGUGCCAAAAUGUUUCCUUUUAGCUGUAGUUAGCAUUAUAAUACUUCUUGAACUAUUGUUAAAGAAAGUCUGCCUGUGGAAAAAAAAACAUGGAAAUUGGAGUUUAAAAAAAAUAAAUGUUAAA